UACAGUCACAAAUCCACGAGGUAUAUCUUGUUAAGUUUUUCUCUAAAAUAAAUUCUAUAUUUUAUAGCUAAUACAAUAAUAAAAAUCCGCAUAUAGAAGUACUUUAGAUUAUUACUCGCUAAAAUCUUUUAUUUUCUUAUUUUGUGCAAGCGGAUAGAAAAUAUAAGGCGCAUAGAAACAAGCUGAAAUAAAAAAAAUAAUCUGGACAAUGAAAUUGUGGAUUUUACUCUUAUUCAUAGCGCUGCUUUCAUGUAAGGUGCAAGGGAAGACACAGUUGCUAUUUGCAAAUAUUAUUCGAACAGGAGAAAGUGCCAAAAUUCAAGCCACGUGUGUCAAUAAUGACUACAAUGAUGCAGCUGCUUGGAUUACACCACUACCCACUAAAUUAAUUAAACCGAUUUCAGCCAAUGAGACCUUGCGCGAUGUAGAUUUUAAUUGGCAAAAAUAUGGGUGGGACAUUGAAGUUUCAUUCAAUUCAAAAUUUGGUCCAGUGAUGGAUUAUACCUGGGAAAUGUUCCCAAUAAUUAUGACUAGGUCGGCACCACUUACACAAAAUUAUAACUUUGAAAAAUUAGGAAACAUUUACAUCAGUAAUAGUUUUGAAAUCAAUUUUUCGUUUCUGGGAAAAUCAAGUGCACAAAUUUAUUUGUGUUCACAGCCAUUAAUAAAACGAGGUUCUUGUUUUAUUUUUAUUGUCGGUGGGUGGAAUGGAAUGGGAAGUGUUAUACGACGAUGCUUGGAACGGGCAUCACCUACAAACUCCGAAGAUAGAUUGAAAGGAUGCGAAAAUGUCGUUAAUAAGAUUGAACAUAAACCGUUGUUAUCAAUUGACCAAUGGAGUCAAAUUUCUAUUCGAUAUGUAAACCAACAAUUAGAGGUAAUAAUUAAUGAUGAACAGUUAUUCUCCCACCAUGCCAAAGAUCCAGGAGAAUUUAACAAUUUUACAAGAUUAUUCAUACAUUCAAAUACCGAAAAUGCGAUGUGGAAAUAUCAUAAAUACACAUAUUAUAAAGCUCGCAAACCAAAUACUAAUUUUAUUAAUAGUAAUUGGUUCUUUGUGGAUUCUAAUCAUCUACGUAUUUCGUUUUUUGCAAAUUUUGCAAACGAUAUUACAUUACAAUUGUAUGAUGUAUCACAACAGAUUAUUAAAACAGAAUACUAUCGGAGUGACAAAAUCACACAAUGGAAUUAUAAAACUUUUGACUCUGACGUAUAUGAAGGUGCUGAAUAUUAUUUACGAAUUUCGUUUAGUCCUAAUGACAAAAUAGCAAUUCGAAAAAUCGUUCGUCAUCUAGACUGCAAUCGAAGCAAAUCGAACUUCCAUUUCUCAUCAAUAGAGUACAACUUUAAUGCAACAAAUAAUAUUAAAUGUUCAUCGCUUCGACACAAAACCACGCAAUUUAAAAUUUCAUUACCAAAUAAUACUUCUGAUGUUUGUCUGAAUAAUAAUCAGAAUCAGUGUAAUACAUGUAGUGAAUUCUACAAUACAACAGAAUGCCCACACAAAAUAACGUGUAAUGAGGAAUCAUGUCACUGUUCAAUGGGAUACACAGGCAAAUAUUGUGAUAAAACAUGCGAAAGAGGAAAAUAUGGCUGCAAUUGUGCUUGUGCAUGCACAAAUUGCAAUUCGAACUUUUGCAAUCCUGUAAAUGGUGAAUGUUACUUUGGUUGUAAUAAUUUAAAAUAUAUUGCACCCUUCUGUAAACAAAGAAAUCUACCAGUGUUGACUAGAGUUGCAUCAGUUCAAACUGAUUGUAUCACAAAUUGCACAAUUUCAAUCUACGAAAAAGAAUUAAAAUAUGAUGGGGCCCAAGCACCAAAAUAUUAUUACACUCGAUUAUUGCAGCCUAACAGAACAAUUUUAGAAGGAAAAUUAACACCAAUUAAAAUCAACAUUAUUAAAUUUGCUAAUUUAAUUAAAGAGGUGAAAUACAAUUAUCAAAUAAUUUUAUGUGUAACAGAUCAGAAAUCAACUUGCUACAAUGAAGAUUUGACAAAAUUUCAAUUUAAGACAACAUGCGAAGGAUUGCACAAGGACCAAAUUUUGAUUGAGAGUUUCAACACGAAUUCGACAAUAAAUUUAUAA